AUGACGUUGGUCAUCAAGACAGUGGAAGACACAGACACUCGAAACAACGCCAAGACUUACGAACAGCAAAGGGACACCCAUACAACACGAAGCAAUUUAAUACAAACUCCACAGCAGACACCAAGACAGCGAAACAGGGACCACGGCAGACAACGAAACAGGGACCACGGCAAGGCAGCGAAACAGGGACCACGGCAGACAACGAAACAGGGACCACGGCAGACAGCGAAACAGGAACCACGGCAAGACAGCGAAACAGGGACCACAUCAGACAGCGACACAGGGACCACGGCAGACAACGAAACAGGGACCACGGCAGACAGCGAAACAGGGACCACGGCAAGACAGCGAAACAGGGACCACAUCAGACAGCGACACAGGGACCACGGCAGACAACGAAACAGGGACCACGGCAAGACAGCGAAACAGGGACCACGGCAGACAGCGAAACAGGAACCACGGCAAGACAGCGAAACAGGGACCACGGCAGACAGCGAAACAGGGACCACGGCAGACAGCGACACAGGGACCACGGCAGACAGCGCGACUUCGAGACAAUCAGACUAA